ACAAAACAAGCUCGCGACAGGCUCGAGAUAAUUGUUGUUAAGCCCUCGAGUCGAUUACAUCUUGAUUCUUAAGCUGUCAGCUUCGGCUUAUACAAGCAUCGCAAGGCAGCCAAGCCUGCACCCCAACGGCACUUCUCUUCCGUAGCUUCCGCGGUUGUUCUUUCAGCUCCACCGCGGCAUCCCGAAACCAUCGCUUCUCCUCGCUACCAAGCUACCCCAGCAAUCUCCGACAUGUCGCAGAAUUACCAGCAAUACGGUGGGAAUCCCUACGGCCAGGCCGAAGAAUACGGUGCGCAUUCGAAUCCAUACGGCGGGAGCGGCGGCUAUGGCUCGUCCAACCCAUACAGCGGAGGUUAUGACGAGCCGCAACAGCAGCUAAACCCUCCAGCACCUCUCCAGCGCCAUGGCGAGUCCAAUUACUCGCAGCCGUCGCAAUAUUCGCAGGCUGGUGCCUUGAGCCCAGCGCAAACGAAUGGGCAAAACGUCCCUCAUACAGACGUGCCCCUCAACGGCUUGCCUGGCCAAGGCAACACCAUCGAGGCGCCCGGGUCCCAGCCUUUGAGCCGAGAUGAUUUCUUCACGCGCAUUGAAGGCGCAAAGCAGCGCAUCGGUCAGCUUACUUCGGACAUCCAAGCUAUUGCCAAUAUUCACCAGCGCAUGCUCUCCUCGCCCGACAACCGCUCCAGUGCCGAACUCGAGGCCAUUGUAACCAACACGCAGAUCAGGAACACACAAAUCAAGGACGAGAUCAAGUUUCUGGAGAAGGACGCCUUGCGCGACCCCAAUGAUAGGACAAAGAGGUCUCAGGUCGAGGCGCUCAAAAGGACCUUCAAGAGCCAGCUCGAGGACUUUCAGAAGGAGGAGGCUGAUUAUUCCAAGAGGUACCGGGAGGCUAUUGGAAGGCAGUACCGCAUCAUCAACCCAGAUGCUACGGAUGCCGAAGUCGAAGAGGUAGCCAAUGCCGACUUGGGCGACGAGGGUAUCUUCACCCAAGCUCUCAAAUCAAACCGCAGCGGCCAAGCAGCAAGCGUCCUCGGCGCCGUCCGCGCCCGCCACAACGACAUCCAGCGCAUCGAAAAGACAAUGAGCGAGCUCGCCCUCCUCUUCACCCAACUCAACGAGCAAGUCAUGUACCAAGAACCGCAAAUCCAGCAAGCCGAGCAGCAAACCGUUCAGGUCAAAGACGACACGGAAAACGCAAACAAGCAGCUAGAAGAGGGUAUCAAGUCUGCGAGGCGCGCGCGGAAACUCAAAUGGUACAUUCUUCUUACUGUCAUUGCCAUUCUGUGCGUUAUCGCGCUCGUGCUGGGACUUUACUUUGGACUGAAGAAGUGAAAAAGAAUUAGGUAGGAUAGCAGGUGUACUAGGGGGUAUAUUGGUGAUGGCGGUGAUAACGUAUGUACAUAACGGGCUUAUGGGAAUGGGAAUGGGGGAUAUGAGGGAAUGAGGUAUGAAUGGGUAUGGCUAUGGCUAUGGGAUAAAUGCUGAGGGGCUUAUAUGGUUCCUUUUUUAACCCUUUUUUUAUUUCUUAUAUUAACUAUAAUAAUAAAGUAAUUAAUUCUGAGAUGACGACAAUACGAUGUCAC